AGAUUCGACAAUUACCUUUUUAAAAUAAAACUUCAGAAAUGACUCUUAACAAAAGACCUUGCCACUAUGAUUCUUCUAAAAUCAUCUUGAAAUGAUUUUUCUUCGCAAGGGGGUUGCUACAGGGUAAAUGCAGCGAAUGCCUUUAAGUUCAUCUACUACUGUGCAAAAAGGAAUCAUACAUUUAGCUUCAAAGAAGUGUCACAGAUUUAUCCCCUCCUCCUCCCAGCUCCUUUUCACCCUCCCUUCCCUAGCAACUGGUAACUUCAGAAAGAGGACUCCAAAUCUAGAAAGAAGCAGUUGGUCCCUGGCUUCAUUCGACUUGCCAAGCUGCUCUAAGGCAGAAGCACCAGUCAUUUCUCCAGACUGAGUCGGCCUGUGUGGGCGUUCAGCUGGUUUUCUCCAUCACCUCAAGAAGGCUUUCUUGAUCAAAUUUCUCCAUGGCUUGUACUGAAAAUGUCCUUGGAGCGCACGCCUCUUCAGCUACAGCAGUAGCUGCGGAAGAACACGCAGACCGGGAGCCGCGCCCGGCUGUGCAGCUCCAGUGUCCGAGUUCCGCGCUACAGGGUAAUUCGGAGUCCUGGGGCCACCCUCGCCUCCCGCUUAGACCUCCCUUCGGUGUGCUGACCGAUCUGGCAAGAGAGCAACUGGAGCGCCCCUCGGAGAGAACAGAAUCCUGCAUUCCUGUCAACUGUUCCAGAGCUCUCAACCCCCUGUACCGGCUACCACCUGCUGCUGCGGAAGAGGCCUUAGCAACAGCAGAAGUAAAUAGCUCUGAGGGGCUGGCAGGCCAGAGGCAGAGGGGACAGGAUUCUAUUCAUGUGUCCCAGGAAUUCUCUGGCGGCCCCCCCGUACUGAUGGUGGGGGGGACGAGGGUUAGCAAUGGGAGCACUGAGAGAGGUGGGAGUAGUGCAAGGUUAUAUGUGGCUUUGCCUCGGGGUCAAGGAUUCCUUCCAUCCAGGGGCCCCCAAGUAAGAGGCCCUCCACACAUCCCCACCCUUAGAUCGGGGAUAAUGAUGGAGGUGCCUCAAGGAAGUAAGAGAAUGACCAGCAAGGAAAGCUUGGCUCAAGUUUCUUUUCCACCGGGAGGCCCGCGGCACUCGGUGGAGAAUUGGCUAAGGCCUGUUCCCUUGUCAUCCAGCACUCCAGGUGUACCUUCCUGCGCUACUGCUCAUUGCUUCAUUCCUCCUCGACCUCGCAGUUUUAAUCCAUUUCUGGCUAUGCCUAUCGCUUUUGCUCCUCCCCCGCUAUUUGGUCCUCUGAUGCCUUCCUAUUUUGCCAAUUUCCCUUCUUGGGGAAUGCCAGCUCCCGCAUGCUCAAACAGAGAGAACAACUGAUGGCAAAGGAAAAAAAAAAAAAAA